AUGGUAGUGGCAUCUCAUCACCUCUGCUAUAUUCUGUUGGUUGGAAGAUCUACCUUACUGCCAAACCCAAACUCUACUUUUGUGACUGAGUUCCUCUUUGAAGGCUUCUCCAGCUUUGGAUGGCAGCACAGGCUUGUCUUCUUUGUUGUCUUUCUAACUUUAUACCUGCUGACUCUCUCUGGAAACAUGAUUAUUGUGACAAUUAUUCACCUGGACCGUCACCUCCAUACUCCCAUGUACUUCUUCCUGAGCAUGCUGUCCCUCUCUGAAACCUGCUACACUGUGGCCAUCAUUCCUCGCAUGCUCGCUGGCCUCCUGGAUCCUCACCAGCCCAUUGCCAUCCAAGGCUGUGCCACCCAGCUCUUCUUCUAUCUCACCUUUGGCAUCAACAACUGCUUCUUGCUUAUGACCAUGGGGUAUGACCGCUAUGUGGCCAUCUGCAACCCCCUACGAUAUUCAGUCAUCAUGGGUAAGACAGCCUGUGUCCAGUUGGCAUCUGGGUCACUGGGAAUUAGCCUGGUCAUGGCCAUUGUCCAGGUGACAUCUGUGUUUGGCCUGCCCUUUUGUGAUGUCUUUGUCAUCUCCCACUUCUUCUGUGACGUGAGGCCCCUGCUGAAGCUGGCCUGCACAGACACCACUGUUAAUGAGAUCAUCAACUUUGUAGUCAGUGUCUGUGUCCUUGUCCUACCCAUGGGCUUGGUCUUCAUCUCCUAUGUCCUCAUCAUCUCCACCAUCCUCAAGAUUGCCUCUGCUGAAGGUAGGAAGAAGGCCUUUGCCACCUGUGCCUCCCACCUCACAGUGGUCAUUAUCCACUAUGGCUGCGCCUCCAUCAUCUACCUCAAGCCUAAGUCUCAGAGUUCCCUGGGGCAGGACAGACUCAUCUCAGUGACCUACACUGUCAUCACUCCCCUGCUGAACCCUGUCGUGUACAGCCUAAGGAACAAGGAGGUCAGAGAUGCUCUGUGCAGAGCCAUAGGGCAAAAGCCCCUCUCUCCUUAA